GGGUCCCGCCUCUACCCGGGGUUACAACUGGAUGGUGCCGGUCGAGAAAGAUUUUAGACAAAACGGGGCUCGUGACGUACUAGUUGAUCGGGACCAGUCAAACCCAAACCACCAACCGCCCCUUCCCUUCACGCAUCUCCAUGGGGUCCGAAGCCAGCGGCGGCGCCGCCGCGAUUGACCUGCUCCGCUCGGCGGCGCCCUUCCUGCCGGACGCCGACCUCCUCCUGACGCCCGGCACGGGGCUCGUCCUCGUCGACCUCGUUAACGGCUUCUGCACCGUCGGCGCCGGGAACCUCGCCCCUGUCACGCCGAAUAAGCAGAUCGAGAAGAUGGUGGAGGAGUCUACCAGGCUUGCCAAGGUGUUCUGCCAGAGGAACUGGCCGGUCUUUGCGUUCCUUGAUACCCACCACCCCGAUAAACCUGAGCCGCCUUUUCCGCCGCACUGUAUCAUCGGUUCCGGUGAAGAAAACUUUGUUCCAGCUCUGGAGUGGCUGGAGAAUGAUCCAAAUGUGACAAUGAGGCGCAAGGACUGCAUUGAUGGUUAUCUUGCUUCAUUUGAGAAGGACGGGUCCAAUGUUUUCAGCGAGUGGGUCGCAAAGUUCCAGAUCAAAACCGUUUUGGUUGUAGGAAUAUGCACAGACUACUGUGUUUUGGACUUUGUGAGUUCAACGCUGGCUGCAAGAAACAUUGGCCGAGUGCCCCCGUUGGAAGAUGUUGUGAUCUAUUCUGAGGGAUGUGCAACAUUUGACCUCCCUGUCGAAGUAGCCAGGAGUAUGAAAGGAGCUUUGGCCCAUCCACAGGAUCUUAUGCAUCACAUGGGACUUUACAUGGCCAAAUCAAGGGGUGCCAAGAUAGUUGACGGAAUUCUUGAAGAAUAAGACUAGAUCAUUCAUCAGGUCUGAUGGUCUUGCUGGAAGGACCGUGCUAUAUAGUUCUAUGUAGUCCUGUUUAUCCACUCUAUGUAGAAUAAUCAGAUGCUGUAUCUGCCGCAGAAUAGAUACCAUUCCCAAUCUGUGUUUUUA